AUGUCUAUCAAUAGCUCCCUGGUGGCCUUUGAGCGGGUCAUCCUCGCGGAGGAGAACGUCUCGCCAACUGUAGCGCCGGCGCUGCAAAAGAUGCUGGGGCUGCUUCCUCGCCACGGCGCGAAGGUAAGCUAUCAGCUCGAGCAGGACGUGUUUCACUUCUUCAUCGAGAACGACAUUGUCUACGCCUGCACCACCUCGGGUCACUACGAGAACCGCAUUGUCUUCGGUUUUCUCCUCCACAUCAAGAAUGCAUUCAAGACAUCCUUCGCCGGCGGAGCUGACCGCAAUCCGCACCACGCUGGCCUGACACCAGAAAACUGCCACGACUUUUCUUCUACGCUGGCCUCCUCCCGCAAAACGUUUAACGAGAGCCCUCAAGAGGAUAUGGUUUGCCGAAUCAAGGAGCAGCUGAACGCAACGCGCGAGGUGAUGCUCCAGAACCUGGACGGCAUUAUCGAGCGCGGCGACCGCAUCGACACUCUGUGCGACCGCACCGAACUCUUAUGUGACGAGGCGCACGGCUUCCACUCUAAUGCACGCUCUCUCAAGCACGCCGUCUUGAUGCACAAAAUUCAUAUCAUCAUCGGUAUUGUUAUCUUUAUUGCCAUUCUUGCCCUCAUCACUGCGCUCGGCAUCUGCGGCAUUGACUUUAAGAAAUGCUAG